UCCAGCCGCAGUUUGCGACGAGCGGAGCCGUUAACUCUCUCAAACCGACAGGAUUUGAUCAUGGAUUCCACGGUUACUUCAUUAAAAACGGCUGUGGGUGUAGUUUAACGUGAGGUGUGCGGUUUCCCCUCUGUGGAUGUGUUUGCGGUGCACGAGUCGUUAAUAAUGUACCGUUUGUUCUCGCUGGCGGCGGCGGAGCGCAGCAGACAGAAGCAGCGGCUCGAGCUCAGUCUGGCGGGAAUCUGCGAGCUCGAGCUGCUCAAGCGGCGGCAUGAGGCUCUGAUCGCCAGCGCGCUCGCGCUACACGCGCCCGAACCCGAGCCGGAGAGAGCCGAGCGGCCGAGCGACGACACGAACCCGCGGUGCCCGCCGGACGGCUCGUGGAGUCUGAUGAACAUCCUGCAGCAUCAGGUGGGAGAGCUGAAGGUGGACGCAGACGCCGGCUCAGUGGAGCCCCCUACUGAUGCUGGAGACGGCCGAAUUGGCUCAGGUUUCUCAGAGCAGGCCGAGGGUCCGUCUCCUCUCGGCUCGUCUGACUUCUCUGGUCACGCUGAGAUCCUUCCCGUCCGGCUCACUGAGAGACCCAAGUCUGUUGGUGACGUAUUUGUCGGCCGCGAGCUGAACGGUGUGGUUCGCGCGGUUCCCCGCUCUCUCUCCGCACCCUAUCCGCCACUAGAGGGCAUCGCAGAGGGCGUCGCUGAAGACGAGCCGUGGAUCUGGCAUCCCAGUGAGGACGCAGAGGAGGAAGAGCCCAGCGCAGACGACUACAGACAAGUCCAACGUGCGGAAACGUACAUCCUCGGCCUGAUCCAACGCCGCUCGCCUCCCGCUCGACCCACGAAACCCCGCACCAGCCUGGGACCCGAGGCCCGAGCGGUGGUCAGACAGAGCAGCCUGUGCCGCAAAGAGGAGAGGCACGUGUGGGACGAGCCGUGCUCCGUUCGCUAUCCCAGACCGGCGCUGGCCGGGAUCCGUUCCGCAUCGCUGGACUUCCCAUGCGGCGCUUUGGAUCCCAGCAGCAGCGAAGCUGAAUCGCCGCAGCACUUUUACCAACACAAUCGCUCGCCCUCGUCUGACGAGCUGGUGAACGCACAGUACAUCCCGGCGCAGCCGUGCCGCGCUCCAUCCACCGCGCACCGGACGCACGCCGCUCCAAAACAAACGUCGGCACAGCCGAAAGCCGCGGCGAAGAAGUGCCGCUUCACAGAGGACAAAACCACGCCGAAGAAGCCCGGACGGAAAGCUUGUCGCGCCCAAUCCGAGAACAGCCUGCUGGGUCAACGAGAGCGCAAAUACAACACGGUGGAGCGGGACGCGGUGCGCAGCGCUCAACCCAAAACGCGUCGCGGCUCCGCUCACCGCCGCUGGCGCUCCACGCUAGAACUGAGUCAGGACGAAGCCGAGACGCCUCCCGAACAGCCGAGCAGACGCUCGCGUAAACCUCGCGUCUACGCCCAACCCCCCGCGCCGCACCUUCAUCACCACCAUCAUCAGCCUCACCUCCGCGCCGAAUACCCGCCGGACGGCUACGCGCACCCCGUCGCGGGAGAGUCGGAGUCCAGUCUGAGCGAGGCCGAGACGCCCGGCUCCAGCUCGCUGUCCAGCGACUCCGACGAGAGCGGCGGAUUGGUCUGGCCUCAGCAGCUCCGCCCACAGCUGGCUCCGCCCUCUCCGUCACACCCGCCCGGACACACGCUGCAGCCCAAAGCUUUCGUGAAGAUCAAGGCGUCUCACGCGCUCAAAAAGAAGAUCCUGCGGUUCAGGAGCGGCUCGCUCAAAGUCAUGACCACCGUGUGAAUUUGUAACCGACAGCAGUUUGAAAUGAAGUGGCAAACAGGAUGCAGAAUAGAAAAAUGGAUUCGAAAUUAAAGGAGAAGUUCACUUUCAAAACAAACAUUCACAGAUAACAGGGCUCUAUGCUUACAUUUCUUUUUUGGAGCACUUAUGCUCGUAACUUAAAAAAUGUAGGGGCACAGUCAAAAUUUUAGGAGCACCUUCUAAUCGAUAAUCAAAAGAUCUGAUCAAAAAUUAGCAUUCUUAUUACGAGGUGAUAUUUGACUCCUUAAAGUGAUUUACAGGGGAAUUUAGUUUUUACAUUUGUACUGGCAUUUUCCUAACUUUAUUAAAAGUAUGUUGUCUUUUAUGUCAAAUAUUUAAAAAAUUAUAUUUUUUAAGCUUCUAAUUAAAUUUCUAAUUAAAACACCAGAAUAAGAAUAAGUUAACAGUCAGAUGAAAUCCAUAUUAACAAAAUUAAUUUGUACUACAGAGGAGCACCGAAGAACAUGAAAGUGUCUUGUAGGUGUAUUUUCAUAUGUUUAAUGAGGCUCAGAGGGGCAUGAGUGCAAUUACAUUCAUAAAUUCAUGUUAAGAUUAAUGUUUUUAAAAUAACAUUUGGAGUACAGAAAUAUUAAACGAUUUAAAUGACUGAAAAGAUACUUUAAAAAUGAAACUAAUCUGCCAGUAGGUGGCGGCAAGUCACUGAUUUAAUUACUGAAUCAUUCAUUCAUUUGAUUCGUUCGAACGGCUGAUUCAUAAAGAGAUUUUUUUUUUUUUUUUUUUUUUUUUUUUUUUU